ACGCAUAUUCGAGUAUGUAGUGUUUUAUAGGUUAUUGUGACUGCAUAACCUCUAAUACAUCCAGAAAGAAGCUCUAUAAAAUAAAGAAAUGGACAAGCUAACAAAAUAAAUAAUGUAAUAUUACAUAAUAAAACAGAGAAGCUCUAUGUGAAGAAAAUUUGUUUGUUAAAUUGAAACCAUAAAUAUACUAAAAAGAACCAAUGUAUCCUCGACUCUUGUUGAAUCUUUGCGAGCGAUCUUUGUGCCGUGCUUCGAGUAGUUUUAAAUUUCCAAUUAACAGAUUGAGUCAUGCUUUAAAUAAACGCGAAGAGAAACCGAAUACAGAAAUCGUCUCUACGAGAUUUUCCGAUUACAAAAUAAUCUACACCUUUCCUUAUAUCAAGCAUGUCCGUGCUAUAAACGUUGUAAAACGCCGGCUCACUUUUUUCGUCGCGGCAGCCGUGCCUGUGAUCGUCGGGCUUCAUUUGGCUGAUAUCAUAUCUUUUGACAUAGCUAGCUCAUCAAUAGCAAGUGGUAUUUUACUAACAACAUGGUUGCAUUCUCUUGGAAUUUUCUGCAACAAUCUCAUAGGAUGUGUGUAUGUGAAAUUGGAUGAAGAAAAAGUAAUAUUAUCUUACAUGAACUACUGGGGGAAGAGAACUGAUCUGGAAACCACUCUCAGUGAAAUUAUUCCUCUAUCAGAUAAUCAGUUUAGCAUUAUAGACCCUUUGUACAGAAAAGUACAGUUUGCCACAAAAGAUCAAAAGCUGAAGAUAAAUUUGAAGUUGGGACAAAUAACGGAUAUCAAAAAUUUUAAAUGCGUUCUAGGAACGAUCUAAUGAUUUCUAGGAAUAUAUAU